AGGUUGUGAGUAUCGUCUCACACACACGAUUUAGGAUUUCCCUUAUUUCACAAUAAAGGCCCGUUUAACCAAAACAGUAUAACACGCAAUCCUUAUUCAUGUCCCGAUCUGCUUCUAACGACAGACUACUUGGCCUCUCGAGGCUCUCCGCGCGCGCGCAGCUCGGCGACAACGCGGUCAUCCUCGCCAGCCCCAACCAGAACCUCCCAGAACCAACCAUAGGAUGCAUUACAUGCUUUGACUCCGACUCUUUUGCGUCCCUAGAGAUCCUUUACGCGGACAUUCUCUGGGCGGAGUGUCUCGCGGCAGACGAUUCAGACAUCUCGCCGCAGGUGGAACUCACGUACGUGGGCUCCGAGCUCCGGGUCUACAAGUGCGUGUUGUCGAUCGAUACCCUUCCGGGCUCCAAAGAUGCUGCGACGCAAAUUCUCGCGCGCGCAUACCGCCACGAGAUGCACCGCAAGCGCUUUUUGGUUAUCAUUAACCCCCAUGGUGGCCAGGGGAACGCAGAGAACCUUUACAAUGAGCAGUGCAAGCCGCUCCUCCAGGCGGCGCAUGUAUCCGUAGAUGUGAUCAAGACAACGUACCAGGGCCACGCCACGGCCAUCGUGGCGGAUUUGCCUCUCAGCCAGUAUGAUGUCAUAGUGUGUGCAUCGGGUGAUGGGAUCCCCCAUGAGGUGGUUAACGGAAUGCGUAGCCGUAAGGACUAUGUGGCGGCGUUUAACCGCUGGACCGUGGCCCAAUUACCCUGUGGCUCGGGAAACGCAAUGGCGGCGUCGUGUCUUGGGACCGUGCGUCCCGGCGCGGCGACACUUGCGCUUCUCAAGGCGCAGGAGCGCCGUGUCGACCUUAUGGGAGUCUCCCAAGCAGGCCAGCCGCCUAAACUCUCUUUUUUGUCGCAGACAUAUGGGGUCAUCGCGUGUUCGGACAUCUGCACUGAGUUUCUCCGCUUCAUGGGCGCCGUGCGCUUCGAUCUCGGCGUGUUGUACCAGGUGGUCAGACGGUCAAAGUUUCCGUGCGAGAUUAGUAUCAAGUAUGCAUGUGAGACAAAAGAAGGGGUCUCUGAAUUUUACAGUCAGAGAAAGGGAGAAAAUCCUGAAGAUGUUGAUGUAUCUUCUAAGAACUUCCAGCUUAGGUUCCCUGACGUGGAGGCACCGGUUCCGGAAGAUUGGACUGUGGUUGACCCACAGGUGACAGCCAAUCUCGGGAUCUUCUACAGCGGAAAGAUGCCGUACGUCGCUGAUGGGGUGCAGUUUUUCCCGGCCGCGCUCCCGGACGACGGCACCAUCGAUAUUGUCGUCACCGACGCGCGUGACCCGUUUACAAAGACUGCUGCGUACCUUACGCGGGUGGGAAGUGGCGGACAUUUUGAUUUCUCAGAGGUGCACUACGCCAAGGCUGAGGCCUUUAGGCUUACACCGCGGCUGCGCGACAGUGUAAUCUCUGUGGACGGAGAGAACUUUCCGUUUCAGGCUCUACAGGUGGAGGUAUUGAAGGGGGUGUGCAAGACGUUGUUGAAGGAUGGGGAAUUCGCCGAAACGAGAAACCUCUAAGAUGAAGCUUCCGAUUUUAGUGAGCGAUAAAAAAAAGAAGGUACAGGGAAGACAGAAAAGGUAAAAUCACAUUGAGGUGAAGUCUAAAACGAUGUUUGAACUGAGAAGAGACCCGGUGGCUUGCUUAAGGUAGUCCUAGACGACAUAUAAAUCUACUAGAGGUACGUAUGGAGUAGGAUGUGGGUUAGGAUUUCAGGCAAAUGGCCCCAGAAGGCCAAGCUCGGGUUGAGGAAUCGCGGACGGAGUCUUAGGUAUUUAUGCCGUUAAAAUGUCCACCAUUACUCAAAGAGCUGACAUAAAUAUUAUACAGCAUUUGUAAACGUUGCAAUGGAGAUCCGAGACGAUCUAUUUGGACAGAACUAGUAAGGAAUUUAGGCACAGGGCGGAAUCUUCAUGUAAACUUAUCGACUAAGAUGUACGGAACUGAGAAUUUUACCGAAGG